CGCUCUGUGAGUCUCAGUCACUCGCCCAGCUGUGAGGAGAAAGCGCCGGCUCCGUUAUCUCGUCACGUGCCCGCAGUUCUUGCCGGUGUCUUUAGUAAGGAAGAGCCAAGGUCCUCGGGCUGCCCCAGCAGUAGGCGCCAUGUUCAGCUGGGCGAAUAAGGACACUCGGAGAAAGAAAGAGCCGGAGCUUUUCCAGACGGUGUCCGAGGGUCUCCGGAAGCUUUACACGCACAAAUUGCUGCCCUUGGAGGAGACUUACCGCUUCCAUGACUUCCACUCGCCGGCCCUGGAAGAUGCCGACUUCCAUAAUAACCCCAUGGUGCUGCUGGUGGGACAGUACAGCACGGGCAAGACCACCUUCAUCCGCCACCUCAUAGAGCAAGACUUCCCCGGCAUGAGGAUCGGGCCCGAGCCCACCACCGACUCAUUCAUCGCCGUCAUGCACGGGCCCGUCGAGGGGGUCAUGCCAGGGAACGCGCUCGUCGUUGACCCCAAGAAACCCUUCAGAAAGCUCAGUGCCUUCGGGAAUGCCUUCCUUAAUAGGUUCAUGUGCGCUCAGUUACCCAACCCUGUACUGGAGAGCAUCAGCAUCAUAGAUACACCGGGAAUACUGUCUGGAGAGAAGCAGAGGAUCAGCAGAGGUUAUGACUUUGCUGCAGUCCUAGAAUGGUUUGCUGAACGAGUGGAUCGCAUUAUCCUACUCUUUGAUGCUCACAAGCUGGACAUCUCUGAUGAGUUUUCUGAUGUCAUCAAAGCCCUGAAAAACCAUGAGGACAAGAUCCGUGUAGUGCUUAAUAAGGCAGACCAGAUUGAGACUCAGCAGUUAAUGAGAGUUUAUGGAGCCCUCAUGUGGUCCUUAGGUAAAAUCAUUAACACUCCUGAAGUAGUUCGGGUCUACAUCGGCUCUUUCUGGUCCCACCCUCUGCUCAUCCCGGACAACCGCAAAUUGUUUGAGGCAGAAGAACAGGACCUGUUCAAGGACAUACAGUCUCUUCCAAGAAAUGCUGCUCUUCGUAAGCUCAAUGACCUUAUCAAGAGAGCCAGAUUAGCCAAGGUCCAUGCUUACAUAAUUAGCGCCUUAAAGAAAGAGAUGCCUAAUGUGUUCGGAAAAGAAAAUAAAAAGAAAGAGCUGAUAAACAACCUACAUGAGAUUUACUUGAAAAUAGAAAAAGAGCACCAGAUUUCUCCUGGAGACUUCCCCAACAUCAAGAAAAUGCAGGAAAUUCUGAUGACCCAGGACUUUGCUAAGUUUCAGUCUGUAAAGCCCAAAUUGCUGGAUGCUGUAGAUGAUAUGUUGGCCAGUGACAUUGCCAAGCUGAUGGUCCUGGUGCGACAGGAGGAGUCUCAGAUGACAAAUCAAGUGGUGAAGGGUGGUGCCUUUGAAGGAACUAUGAAUGGGCCUUUUGGACAUGGCUAUGGGGAAGGAGCUGGAGAAGGAAUUGAUGAUUUCGAGUGGGUGGUUGGUAAAGAUAAACCAACAUAUGAUGAGAUAUUCUUCACUCUUUCGCCUGUCAAUGGGAAAAUUACAGGUGCCAGUGCCAAGAAGGAGAUGGUUAAGUCCAAGCUUCCGAACACCGUGCUGGGCAAGAUCUGGAAACUGGCUGAUGUAGACAAAGAUGGCUUUCUUGAUGAUGAGGAGUUCGCACUCGCUAAUCACCUGAUUAAAAUAAAAUUGGAAGGGCAUGAGCUACCCGCUGAUCUGCCUUCUCACUUAGUACCACCAUCCAAACGAAGAGGCGAAUAAAGCCUACCAUGUGAUCUACUAACAAGUCUUCCGCCUUUUUUUCCCCAAAAACAUCUACCUUGAAAGAUCAAACAUGGGAUAUGUAACAUUUAAAAAUAAUCUGUAUAUUAUACCACAGCUUUAAAUCAAACAAGCACGGAGCUGCUUAAAAAUGCAAUAGUGAUCAAAGAUGGCGCUGUAAAGAAGGAACAAGAUUGUAAUAUAUGAUGUGCCAGGAGGGACUUGGGAGAAGAAGGUCUUAACUUUUAUCUGCAGAAGCUCCAUAUAAUAAACAGUUUGAAAUCAUUUGGCAAGAGCUAUCUUUGAUGCCACAAAGUACGGGAAACUGUCAGUUUGAGCCCUGCUACUGUAUCCAGUUGGCUUUGUUUUCUUAUUUUCUGAAAAGCUACGUUUGAACAGAUAAUCAGAAAAGGUUUCAUGAAAUACUUAGACCUUACAAGCUUAUUAGAUCUUGUUUUUCAGUCUUCCAAUGUGUCACUGUAAUGAGUGCAUGCUUUAAAGAUAGAAACUGCUUGCACACAGGGGCGUAACUACAGAGGAAGCAGACCCUGCGGCUGCAGGGGGUCCAUUGGGUAUAGGGGGCCUUGUGAGGCCCUAAUUAAUGAGUAACUACAACAUAUAUUUGUAAAAAAAAAAAAAAAAA